AUGAACUUCCAGAGCUUGCGUGUGUUGGACGUACGUGACUGCAAUAUGAAUGAGGUGUCAGUUUCAUUAAGAAAAUUGAAACAUUUAAGGUACCUUAACCUCUCACAUAAUCCAAUUCAAGUGUUGCCUGAGUUUAUCACUAGCCUCUACAAUUUGCAGACAUUAAAACUCAAUCAUUGCUCUAAUCUCCGAGAGCUUCCCAAGGAAAUGAGAAAGAUGGUUAGCCUGAGACAUAUUGAACUUUGCAAGCUUGACAAGUGCACUGAGAUGCCUGUUGAGAUGGGAAGAUUGACUAAUCUACAAACAUUAACAUAUUUUAUAGUAGGCAAAGAUGGAGGACGCAGUAUUAAACAGCUCAAGUACUUGAAUCUUGGAGGAGAGUUGACCAUAUGUGGUCUGGAGAAUGUAACAAGUGGAAUAGAAGAAGCCAGGGAGGCAAAUUUGAGAGGGAAGGAUGAUAUUCGUUCGUUAACAUUAUUAAUGGGGUUGGGUUCUUGGAAUGGCGUUGACAGUGAAAGUGAUGAUGUGUUAGAAGGCCUAGAACCUCAUCCAAACUUGAAAAAGUGUUUGAUCCAAUACUUUGUCGGUGCAAAAUACCCUACAUGGAUGGCAAAUGGUUUUUCAGCAUACAAAAAUUUGACUGAGAAUUCUAUCAUAGCAGUAGCAACAUUAGUACUGGAACAACUUCUUCUUCUUCUUCAGGGAUGGUAG